GUCCGCCCCACCCGUCGUCCUGUUACCUUCUUCGUUGAAAACCCUCCAUCGUUAUCGCCAGGACCUCUCUCCCUCUCUCUAUAAACCGUCAUUCAUCGCUAGACUUUUACUCUCCCUAAAAUCCCCAAUUAUGGUCUUUCUGAACUCUACGGUCGGUAAAACCACCAGCGGCUACCUUCCACCGAUUCCCUCACUCCAUCCUCACCGUCCAUUUUUCUCUAGACCACUCUCUUUCAGAAACCCACCUACAGUCCUCCCGCUUUUAUCUAGAAAAUCCGUCGCCUCCUCUUCACCUUCAGCCGCAUUUAGAAACCCAGAACCUAAAAAUUCUAAUAAACCCUCACAUUCUGAAGAAUUUUUAAUUUAUUCUGUGAACCCUAUAUCUCGAAAUUCGUUUACAGUCUUGUCCUCGCUCAGAACUGCGCUAAUUACUACUGUUACUGCUGCUGUCCUCUUUUUCUCGGGUUUUUGUUUCAGUUUGCAACCCGGUAUUGCUUUGGCUGAUUCUCCUGCGCCCACCGUUGAGACGGCCGCCAAUGAUGCGUUAACGGAGGAAGAAAGGGAGAAAUCACUCGAGGUUGAAUUGAGUUCUAAUCCAUAUGAUGUUAGAGCACUUAAGAAUUUAAUGGAAAUUAAAAUAAAGAGUAAGAAGAUUCCUGAAGCUAUUGGCAUUCUUGAUAAGUUAAUAGAGCUUGAGCCAGAGGAACACGAGUGGCCAUUGUUGAAAGCGCAUUUGCAUGCUUACAACGAAGAGAUUGAAUUGGCGAGAAGGGGGUUUAAUGAGCUGCUGAAAGUUGAUCCUUUUCGUGUGGAGGCAUAUCAUGGUCUGGUAACCGCAGCUUCUCAGGAGGAGUCAGGUGAGGAAUUGGAGAAAAUCAAGAAGAAGGUGGAGGAGGCUAUGAAAUUGUGUAAAACGGAGAAUAAGAAGAGUGAUUUGAGGGAUUUCAAACUUUUGUUUGCGCAAAUCCGGGUCAUUGAGGGGGAUUAUGACGAUGCACUGACAGUAUAUAAGGAGUUGGUGAAGGAAGAGCCAAGGGAUUUUAGACCGUAUCUGUGUCAGGGCAUAAUCUAUACCCUGUUGAGGAAAAACGGUGAGGCGGAGAAGAAUUUUGAGAAGUAUAGGAGUUUGGUUCCUAAGGAGCACCCUUAUGCCAAAUAUAUUGAUGAUAAUAUGCUUGCAACCAAAAUUUUUGCGCAGAAAGUGGAGAAGGAAAGAGCUGCAGCAAAGAGUUAAGGAAAUGAGGGAUGACUUUUUUAUUGGAAGGACUAAUCACAAGGCAUGGCCAUGGGCCAUUUGUGAUUAUGGUGUAGUGAUGUUUCAUGUUAAACUCUUUACCAAUGUUUUAACUUUUUUGUUUAAGGUUUUAUCUUCAUUUGAUGUGGGUUUGAUUAGGUAUUUAAUGAACAAAUCAUGGGUAAAAGGUUUAUAAUUUAAGGAGAUGGUUUUAAGCAAUAAAUGCAAGAGAGAAGAUGGUUCAACUCAUUUUACUUCAGUCUGGUUUUCAAAAAAUCUACAGGGUCUAUAAGUUUGUUUGUUCUCCAACGGUGGGUUGGUGGGGCAGGGCGUGGGGUGUUGUGUACUCUUAUCUACUUAAAGAUUAUAAUUCUGUUUUUA